AUGUUCUGCUCCAACUUCACCGUCAAUGACAAGGCCCUCAAGCACGUUCGCGGAGAGGACAAGCUGUCCAGAUGGGCGCAGAACAAGACCAUCGCCUCAGGCGCCACCAUGGAGGACAGCUUCUGCUCAGUAUGCGGCAACCUCAUGUAUAGGAGGAGCAGCCGGUUUCCGGGCAUGAGCAUUCUGAGAAUCGGCACCGUGGACGACUUCAACCUGCAUGCGUCGAAGCUGAAGCCGCAGUUCGAGCAGUUCACCAAGAGUAGGGUGGAUUGGUUUGGCGGGGUGCAAAUUGAGGGCUUGCCUCAACAUGUCAAUACUGGAUUCUAA